UGACAAUUUUCGGCCAUAUUGUUAUGACGCAUACAAGAUCAUAGGUCUCCGCCAGUGACGAGUCUUCUCGCAGUUGACGUGGCUACUACGUACCAUCCCGUUCGCCCACUCCGGACGCAGCAUAGACGGUGACGAGGAAUACGUAACUGGAUUUUCAAGCCAACAAGAAACUUCCGAAAAACAGAGAGUGUUUAUAAUCAUCGAAAGAUAUUGCCUUGAGCAUGUCUGAAGAUCAAGGAAUGCACAGAAAGUUGACCUUGAAUUUUAGGUGACCUUAGUGGGCAUGGAUGGAAUGGUGGAAGAGAAUGGCACUUCAACCGGUGCUGGUCCUGCGGAUCCACUGGGCAGUGCGAGCUCCUCGGCGCCCGCGUCAGCACCCCACGUAGUAGCUGUCACUAGCAUUGUGCAACUCACAUUACCAACCCAGGCUCCAUCUGCUCAGGUUCAGUCAGUGAUACAACCAAACCAACAAUCUGUUAUUCAAACAGCAUCCAAUAUACAAUCUGUGCAGUUACCAAAAGGGAAUGUGAUCCUUGUUAGCAAACCAAGUUCAGUGAUACACACAACACAAGGAACAUUGCAAACAUUGCAGAUUAAACCAGAACCUAACUCAUUAGUCAGCACUCAAGGCCAAUCCUGCAGUGAUGACAGUUGUAGUGGUGAUGAGAGCCCCAAGAGAAAGUACCGGGAAAUGCUCACCAGGCGUCCCUCAUAUCGCAAAAUCUUGAAUGAUCUUGGAGGUGCUGAAAUUGCCGACAAUCGCAUGGGAUCUAAACCAGGAAACGAGAAUGAAGUGUCGCUGUCAUCUUCUUUAUCAUUUGGUUCAGUAAUUCCAGCGGGUGCUCUUCAAACUGAAAGUGGUUUACAUACACUGGCUGUAUCCGGAGGAGGAGCAGGCGGAGCCAUAGUCCAGUACUCGACAAAUCAAGACGAACAUUUUUAUGUUCCCGGUCCAAUGUUAGAAGACCAAACACGUAAACGUGAAUUACGGCUGUUGAAAAAUCGCGAAGCAGCAAGAGAAUGUCGCCGGAAGAAAAAAGAAUACAUUAAAUGUCUAGAGAACAGAGUUGCAGUGCUUGAGAACCAAAAUAAAGCACUAAUAGAAGAAUUAAAAUCCUUAAAGGAAUUAUACUGUCAACAAAAGACAGAAUGAGGUCCAGCUGGCUAAAAGGGUGUGCUGCUGCCCUGCCACAGAGCCGAUAGGCACACGUUGUUACUGUACUGUCUGUGCUAAAAUGCUGCAUUCGGAUUGCUUGAUUUGGCUAUCAACUUAGUGAGGAUUACAAUUUUGUAAUUCUGUAUUUAGUAGUUGAUAAUGUCAAGUCAAUUAUUAUUGUUCAUGCAUUGAUUGAUCAAUCCCUUUUUUUAAAGUAUUGUUAGAUUUGAUGUAUUUGAAUUGUUAAUGUGUUUUGUAAUUUUCUAUUGUUGUUUUCAUAUCAUUUGUUUGAUUUUUAUCCAGUAUAAUAAUAACAGAACCGACACCAUAUUAGUAGCUAUUUACGACACUGUUUGAUUUUUAUAUAUAAAACCUGUUAAUAUAGGCUUAUUCGUUAAAUAGAAUUUAAAUGUCAGUCAUAACUUUAUUUACCAUUCCAAAAUGUUUUAGCAUACAUUUCAAGCAAGUUCGACUUGUGCCAUUUUUGGGGCGGUAAUGUUAUUAAAUCAUUCAACAUGAUUGGUAAAUGAUUUUCUAGGAGUUCAAUAUUGUCAAUUAUUUGAUGCCAAGAUGCUUAAAAUAUGUUUUUAUCCAAGAUUCGUUAUCUUUUGUUUUUUUUUAUUUACUUAAGACUUAAUGUGGUAAACCACAAUUGACCAAUGUGAAAAUCGUUGAAAGUCGACUUUUGGAAUUGGACAAUUGUAUAUAAUUAUUGUACCGAUUUAAGGCUUGUGUUAUUCUAUAAACGGCCACAUCUUGGACUAUUCUUAUAAUAUAAAUUACAUUUAUGUGAGAUCUUGUAACCGGAUAAAAAAUUUUAAACCUUCUGCAGACGAGUGCGCGGCACCUGUGCUUUGAGCAAAAUGGAUUUUUUUGUGAUAAACGACUGGAUAAAUUGCCGUAAAUUUAAACCUAUGUCAGUAUCAAUUUCAUUUAUUGAGUUACUAAUCUUUCAAUCGACUUACGCUAAAAUGCCAUUUAGCUCAUAGACUGCCAUUUAGGUAACUUAAAUGGUGCAGGGAACGAUGAAUGAACAGAAUGUGGAGGCUAGCACACACAACUGUUAAUUAUUUUCCAUUUACUGUCUAAUAACUGAUUAUAAUGUAUUUAGUGUGCUCUUUAUUUUCCCUCCACAUUCUUAUAAGUCUUGUGAGUUGUAUAUACUCUUGUUUCUUAACAAACUCUGCAACUUGUUCACAUCUGUUUUCUUGCCAAAAAUAUGUAAAAACAAGUUUCCUGCACCACUUAUGUUCAUGUGCCGCGUGCCGUAAGCAUAACGAAUGUAAAAUGUAAUACAAGAUACUACAAAACAUAUGUGAGAAUACUAGAUUUCUAUUUAACUGUAUGAUUGUGGAUUAUACAUAUGAAUGUAGGCUACAUUUAUAUGUACAAUACUACAAUUAACUAGAGACUUUAUAAGGCUCGUGUCUAAAAGUCAUAAGGUGACAGGAAAAAGGGAUAAUAUGCAUUAACCAUCCAUGUACUGUACUAAAAUGAAUACUGUAAUGGUCACAUUUACCCGAAUGCGGAAUAAAUAAAUAAACGUCGUCAACAGUUUACGAACAGGCCGUCCGCAUGUAAGUCAAUUUAGUAGUAUGGCAGUUUACAAAUAAAUUCGUCCAUUUAAGUUUAUAAUAUUCAAGGCCGUUUUUGCAUGUCGAAUAAUAAUUUUAAUAAGUUAUACACGGACCGCUUGCUACAGUCAAAUAAAUACGUAUGUCUUAAGUUGCAGGAAUGCUAGUGUUCUCACGUUUGCACGACUGUAGAUGUUUUCAUAAGUUAAAGUUAUUAUUGUUUUUCUAACCAUUUUUUUUACAAAAAGCUGGAUCUUGAUUAUUUCAUAAUUAACUUGGGGUUGUUUCUUAAAUUUUAUUUUUAAAUGUCCGUCUGGUAUAUUAAUUUAAAACAUUAGACGCGUAUAUUUUACUGAAUUAAAUAGUUUUGACGAUAUAUUGAUUAGAAAUAUAGUGUGACGUCAUUACUGACUUAAUUUUAUAGAGAGCGGUAACGUAGCAACCUCCUACGCCUAAACUUAAAUUUAAAAAUUAAACAGUUUUAUUUAUGUAUACCUUAUAAUGAACAAUUAUUUUUUCAUUAUUAUUAUAUUUUAAAUAGAUUUUUAAUUUUCAACAACCCCAAUAACAUGUUUAACAAUAUAAAUAUUGUAGUAUAAAAUGAGUCGUGUUGAUGAUGACCAGCAGUAUUGGCCACUAGUGCUGUUUAAUGAUUGUAGUAGAUACAGUUUCAGUAUUGGCCGUUUGUAGAAACCAACAUUUUUGUCUAAACCUUAAAUAAUUAACAUGCUGCUGCUAGUUUUUGUCACAUGUCUGUGAUUGAAGAUACUGAAGUGAUAAAUACAUAACACUGUAUAAACUGAUUUUAUCUUAUACUUUAACACCAUACAGGGUGUUUAUAAUGGAUAAGCCAAAGUUAAUAUUUUUAGUUGUUUUGUGCAAUAUCCAUAUUGCAAUGUACAGUUGUCUAUUUUUCUUAUACUAAUAAAAUGAUACAUACCUUUAAAAUGAGAAUAAGAAUUUUGUACAUUGUGUAUAAAUAAAGAUAUGUAAAAAAGAAUGUAUAAAAAAUCUGUAUAUAUACUAGUGUAAUAAUGUGGAUGAAGAAGUGAAUUGUUUUUAAUCAAAUACAAUCAAAUUUUAUGUCUUACCCAUUAAGAAGAAUGUAUUUGGGGUUCAUGUUCUUAUUUACUUUCCUGACUCGUUGAAUUCUAUCAUCCACAUCAUGAUAUACACAUAAUGUAUUUUGUUUUUGUGAAUGGGUAAUUUUAGCUGACUACCAGAGUUAAAAUAAGAUUUUAUUAUAUUUUAUUUGCCAUGAUUGAUUUAUACUCUCUUUGUGUUAUAAUGUACAGUUUUCACAACAAUUGAAUUGUUUAUUAUUGAUAUAAAGAAGUAGAUUGAAAUAUGUUAAUUUUUGUGUGUAAAUGUACUUGUUCUAUGGAAGAAACUGUUAUGUAUUACUAAUUUAUCAAUCAUGGCAAAUGAUUUAGCAUUAAUGAUAGACAUUGUGGAAAGUGCCUUUACUUAGAAUGAAUAAAAUUUAUACCAACAUAGCUCUUUAUGUUAACUUAAUGCUAUUUAUAAAAUUAAUAAUAUUAACUGUUUGAUGUA